UGUGCCGUAGCGCUACCCCGUAUUAUGUCAGCGGCCGUGCACUUGGUCCACGAUGGGAUGCUCCUCUUCCUGCUGCUAAUCGGUGGACUCAUCGCGCUAGUCAAACCAGUGACUGGAUCGUCACUGGCACUGUGUGAAGGUGGCCAGACAUGUCUUCCGCCGAAGGAAUGUUGCGCCCAGGGCUGCUGCUACCUGUACGCACCGCCUGGUGCACCUCGUGUACCGAUGGCGAACAACGACCAUGUACUGAGCCUGUUGUUUGUGAACCAUUGGUACUUCUGGUGCUUUGUACUGGCCAUCGUACUGGCACUGCUCUGUACGUGCUCGCUAUGGAAGAAGAGGCGACAACUGUGCGGUUGGGACACCUCUGCAAGGCACUCACAGUCGGAGGGUGACUCUGCCGGGUCCUGUUACGCACCACCACAGUACAGUCGGUGCAACUCGUUCCACAUACAUGCACCGCCACCAUACACCGAGGUUGCAUCCAAACCCGACCUAUACCCGCUCGUCUUUAGCUACACAGACCCGGGCAAGGGUAAUGGUGCCAACUAUCUAAUGGUGCAGUACUUCCGGAACUACAUCGUCCAGCCGGUCGGUUCCAUAUCGGGCACCAGCACGGUCGACUCCCUGAGCUCCAGCUUCAUCUGCAACGCCAACGAGGCGAACACACUAGUACCUCCGCCAUACUCGCGUGCCGCCAGUCCGGAUCUGACGAUGUCGUUCCGGAACUAUCUAAUGCCACGUUCGGCCUCGCAACAGGUAUGCCUUACUGCGUUCGAUCGGUCGACGGGUGGCGCUGCCCAAACCGGGCAGGUGCAGGGUUCACGUAGUCAGGCCAGCUAUCAACGGGACGACGAUUCGCUACUCGACCAACAUCAGCAGCAGCAGCAGCAGCAGUGCAUGCUCUCACGCGAGCAACAGCGCGACGAAACGGGCCCGUCGGACGGCACUUUUGUUACCUCUACAAUCAAUCACACUAGCAUAAGCAGUAACAAUGUGUCCUUAAUGGAGUGUCCGGAGAGUGAGCGUGGUGCCGGUAGCUACCAUCCACGCAGGACCAAUUUCAUGGACCACGGACCAACUCAGCAGUCGAUGAGCAGCAGCUCCUCUGCAGCAAACAACCCUGCCACCGAUUGCUCCGGGUUAGUGCAGUGUGCUGAGCAGCAGCGUAUGGUGGCGGGCUCCACGGAAUCCUUCACAUCACUUCCCGGCCCACCGUUCGAGGUGGGCCAGCAGGCGCACAAUAGCAAUAGCAUACACCCGGCGAACCGAUACACUGGUCAUCUGGAUGGUACCAGCGAUAACUGUGAUCUCAACAUUAUGCAAUCGAACUUCGAUCAUCAGCGAAAUACGGCGCUAGUGUGCAAGCUCUGUUGCUCCAUGGGGGACAUCACGGCCGGAACGCCGGCUGAUAGGCGCAGCUACCAUACCAAGGAUCUGAGCGCGCUACACAAGAGUCUGGAAACCUGUUGCCAUGUUAACCUGCACGGUAAUCGCGACGCUCCACGGUUGUCGAGCCUCCAACCGACGGACAGUGACGAUUCGAUGCUGCACACGGAUGUUGUGCGCAAGCACGACGCUCGAAUGCGUAACUCGUGCGGUGUAUCGAGUGUCGGAUCGAACGUCUCAAGCCUUGUUAAUCUGGACGCCUCCAGCUCACCGCCAAGAGCGACCAGCCCGACGGCUGAAGUACGCGAAUUGCUGGAACAGAUACGUCUGCUGCAUAGCGACGGUACCGACGUGCAGGGAGCCGGCCCAACCGGUCUGGAUGCUGGCGAUGUCCAGCUAUUCGACAGUGAUGCCUCGCAACAACGGCCUAGUGGUUCCGACCAACGGCCGACGGGCGGGCAGUCGAGCUACAGACGGCCAUCCUCGCUGAUCGGUCGGCGUACCAAGCUCUGGUCGAAACCGGCCACCCAACAUGGCGGAAGCAGGGGCAUGUACAUACCAAUCUCCUUCACCCAAAGCUUCAUGGCGCCGGGUACGAAUGGUCGGCAUCUUCGCAGCCCUGCCUCGAUGUCCAGCGCGGCCAGCAGCUUUCUGAACCGUGGGCGUAGCCGUUACUGCUGGAUGUCCAAAUCGGCACCCACAACGCCCGGUGCGGCACCGGGCAGCUUUGCCGGCGGUACGCUCAGUGAUAACCGGCCACUGUUGCUAACCGAGCAGGAGGAGGACGGUGAGCAGAACGUCUAAACACCGGAACCAAGCAGAUGGUUUGCAUUAUUUGGUGAAAAUUUACGUACGGUUCAGAUUGUGUUUAUAAGGUAUGUUUCAAAUGGUUGCCUCUGUGCCACCGACACGGUGGAUCAAUACCUCGAGAGCGAUAUGGUAUACACUCAACAGAAUGUGAGUGAGAGAGCAACACGUUGCACAAGCAUUUAAAACCUACACGCAUCGACGAUCGCUCAAGAAACAACUGUCCAGUUGUGCACCUGUUGGUCAAACACUUGGUGCAGUUUCCUUAGACCACCAAACAAACAUCCUAGGACGGUCAGGCGGCACCUCCCGUACACUUUAGAGCGACUGUAUCAACGAAUCAUUUUCACUACUAUUUAAAGCAAUAUUUAUCGACCAAGAUAACUCAGUAGAAUGACGCUGAAACUCAACCUAGCAAACCCAGUAACAAACAGUCUUCGAGAUCUAUACAGCGAACUGUCUGCGCGUGUGAUAGGCGGACGGCAAUAGAGACGGAUGGCCUAGCAAUGGAGCCUUUGGCAGAAGAAAGUUUUAAAACGAUAGUCGUGUGCAUGUGGUGUAGGGCUUUUUCUAAGACGUCUAUGUUCCAGGACCAUAACGUGUUUCGUGUUUGUACCUUAUCCCGUUUCGCUUGCUAUGUUUGUAUUUUUGUAACUUUGUAAAAAAAGUCACACACUCACACACAAACACACGCACAACCAAACAAAAUACUCCCGUUCAGAAUAUUUGCAGGGAUUUCCUAUACUUAUUCUGCUUUCCUGUUUGGAAACUGUACACAGAACAAUAAGAACCUAGAGCGAAGAACAAAAAGCAAAGUGGCGCACGAACGAAACGGCACACACUGGCAUUAAUAAUUUUAGGAUGGUAUAGUCUCUUAGUAUCAAACUUAGUUUCAAAUGCUUUCUUGAACAACUGCAAUACAAUAAAAAUAUAAAUCAAAUAUGUAGAAACCAACAGAUUUACCCUUUACGGAUACAAUUAUCCUUUCGUAUGUUGGCGCAACACAUCAACGCACCUGGGCGCGGCAGCUGUUGAUCGUUGUUUGUUGCUUGUUUCAGGCAGGAAGGAAAACAAAUAAAUUAAAAAGUU